AUGGACAAUCUCAUUCAAGUGACACCCACAAAAAAGAAUCGGAGAGGAAAGGUUGUUCAUUCUGGCCAGAAACAAAUCGUCAUAAAUAUAUACAAAGAUCUAUUGAAAACAGAACCUGAUAUAAAAUAUGAUAAUUUAUUGAACAAAAUAUCUACAAGAAGUGGUAUUGGAAUCGGAACAAUUAAAAGGACUAUCAGGGAAUAUAAGUUUACUGGCACACUAUCCUCACCAGUUAAUAAAAAGAACAGACCAAGUGUAGUUGAUAAAUUGGACGAUUUCGACAAAAAUGCAAUUCGUCAAAAAAUCCACGCAUUCUGGUUUAGACGAGAAAUUCCGACUUUACCGAAAAUGUUACAAGUGAUAAACGAUGAUCCUGAUCUUCCUAGUUUUUCACGUACUUCACUUCAAAGGUUGUUGAAGGACUUGCAAUUCGAAUACACCAAAAGAAAUAGAAACAGUGCUCUUACUGAAAGAGAGGAUCUUGUUUUAUGGAGACGGAAAUAUAUUGCUGACAUACGACGUUAUCGCAAGGAAGGAAAAACAAUUUAUUUUUUGGACGAGACGUGGAUCAACGCCGGAGAUUGUUCAUCAAGAGUGUGGGUCGACAAAACUGUGAAAUCACACAGAGAUGCGUUUAACAGAGGCUUAACUACCGGGUCAAAGAAUCCUACUGGAAGAGGCAAGUGGCUCAUUGUUGUUCACAUUGGGUCGACCGAGGGUUUCGUCGCAGGUGGUCUUUUGUGUUUUGAAUCCAAAAAAAACACAUCAGACUACCACGACGAAAUGAACGGCGAUACAUUUUUCGAAUGGUUCUGUAGCGUUUUACCUUUAUUAAAAGACGACUCGGUUAUAGUGAUGGAUAACGCACCGUACCAUUCGGUGAAAAAAGAUCACCUACCGACCCCCUCAUGGACGAAGGCAGCAAUAAUUGAAUGGCUCGAGUCAAAAGGCGUCAAUAUCACCGAACCCUUGGUGAAGUUUGAACUAUUUCAAAAAGUGCGACAGAUCAAACAUCAAUACGACUUGUUUAUUGUUGAGGAAGAGGCGAAAAAACACAAUCAAAUUGUAUUGCGUUUACCACCGUACCAUUGCGAACUUAAUCCAAUUGAGUUGGCAUGGUCGGUGGUAAAAGGACAUGUCAAAAAAAAUAACACGACAUAUAAAUUGAACGACGUUCGUCAAUUAUUAAACGACGGUAUAAAAAAGGUGACACCUGAAAUGUGGUCCAAUUUUGUGUCACAUACGAUUAAAGAAGAGGACAAAUUUUGGCAGUUGGACUUCAUUUCUGAUAAGAUGUUGGAAGAAACACAGGCAUCGACAUCGCACGUGUUAACUAUAACCGGAGAGACGACUUCUGAUUCAGAAAACAGUGAUUGA